GGAGGCUUGCAGCCAUGGCGGGUAAGGGCCGUGGAGUAGCUGCCUUUACCUUCAACAUUGAGGCUCUGGGCAUCGGAAGGGGCAGCAUGCCAGAAGCCAGGGUGGGGCCCAGCCCGCUGUUUCCAAACACAGACUUCAAGCCAGUUCCACUGAAAGCUGGGGAGGAUGAGGAUUACAUGCUGGCUUUGAAACAGGAGAUGAGGGGAACGAUGCAACGGCUGCCACACAACAUCAAGCCUCUGUCCAAAAAGGCAGAUGUGGAGCGAUACACGGAGAGAUACCUGAAGCAAUGGCAGCUGGAGGAUGAUGAGUGGACUCCAGACUGGAGCCUUUUCCCAAAAGAAUUGAUGCCGCAGAAGAAAAAACCCCGGGUUAAAGAAGGCACAAAGAAGAAAAUUGUGAAGAUAUCACGCAAAGAGACACAGGAUGUGCUGAGUAAACUAGAUGAACUGGAAAAGAAAGAUGAUGGGAACCCUGACAAAUCUGAUGAUGAGGGCAAAAAGAAAACGGGGAAAGAGGAAGGCGAAGAGGAGGAAAUUGAAGCGGAAGAAUAUGAUGAAGAAGACAUCGAGGAGGACAACGACUACAUUGAAAGCUACUUUGACAAUGGUGAAGACUUUGCUGCAGACAGUGACGACAACAUGGACGGCGAAGCAACAUACUGAGACUGUCACCUCAACCCUGCAUCGUUAAAAGUGAACAAUAACUAUCUGAUUGCUACUUUUGGUUAAAUAUUGUAGAUAAGUUGGGAAUACUGUGAAGCAGUGAUAGUUUUUUUUUUUAUUUGUUUUGUGAUCUUGAAAGACAAGAUAUUCUCAACGCCUUGUGUAAAUAAGAAAUGCCAAACUAUGUGCACACUGGCAAUAAUUUAUUCAAAAUAGAUGUAUUUAUUCUUCAGCCUGUUCCACUUUUCCACAGGUUGAAAGGCACAUACUGUCAACAACACAUUAUGCUUUUUGAUAAAAUAUCAAGUGAACAGUGAUAAAAUAAAAAGGGCUAUAUAACAAAGUCUAAAAUUUCACAUAACUUACAAGUAUGAGUCAUUGUGGGAAUACUGUGAAUUUCCCAAUUUCCUCACCAUGCUCUUGGGUUAGAAACAGAAUGCAGUUCUCUCCAGGCAAGUUAAAAGAAAAAUUCAGGGAAUUUUCAACAUAAUUCAGAAUUAUAAUUUUACUUUUAACUCCCAAUACUGAUAGUGUUAAGUAAAGAAUGAUGCACUAUAGAAAUAAAUUAAAUAUUCAACGCAAUGGCAGCAAUCAUACCAUUCCAAACAAACAUAGCAAAAAUUGAACC